AUGAUGGUGACACAAGUGGUCCUCUUAGUUGGUUUGGCUUUAGCCUCAGAAGCCUGGUUGCUAUCGCAAUCCGAUCUAAACGAAGCCAGUUAUUAUGUGCGCCAUUUGUCGAUGCACUUUUCGCGAGUUUUUCUCAGUGUCAAUGUGGAAAGCAAUGAAUCUGCCACUCUGAUCGAAGCGCAGUGGCCGGUUUCGUACUUUCCCAUGCCCACGGUGGUGUUUCCCAAUGCCGAAGUGCAUGCCAACGGGGACCAUGAUGAUUGCUCGCUGCUGCAACAGGCCCACUGGUCCCAGGUGGAUGCACUGAGUCGACUGUGGGUCAUGGACAUUGGAGUCCCGGGCAGCAGGUGUCCGCCCCGUCUGUUUGUCUUCGAUUUGAUACGCAACAAUGCGGAACUGUUGCGCAUCGAUUGUGGCCAGCAUAUAGGCGCCAACGCCAGCCAAUCUCUGGUGGUUCAAAUGGGUCCCAAGGGUCCGGGUUGCGAACAGGAGCGACAUAUUUACUUCAUCGUGGGUCAGGUGCCGGAAAUUCUCGCCUACGACGUUUUGGAACAGACAUGGCAACGUCGCUCAUUGCAAAGUCACAAGUUCGAGCACAUGAACCAAUCGUUUCCCAUCAAGCCGGUGGACUUCACAUUCGGUCUUCAGGGUGAACUCAUCCUCUGCGAUCAGGAUGGUGACCUCUACAGCACUGUGGAUAGACUGGAAAUGGAGGGCAAGCAGGAGUUACUAUCCACUUCUAUAGAGAACAGCAUAAAACUCACCCAUUUGGGCAGUCUCCUUGGCAGCAGUCGCAGCAUGAUCAUCGAUAAUUUCGGAACCUUGUACUAUGUGAUCCCCAAAUUCGGAGCCGUUGUGCGAUGUGCCAAACUGGCCAACAUCACGGCCGAGGGUAAUGAAAUCAUAUAUCUCACCUCGAAGAACAUCCAGCAGAUAUUUUUCACCUCCAACGAUGCCUUGUGGGUGCUUAGUGAUCGGGUUCUAAACGCUCAGGACAUGUGCUUUCCUAGCUUAUAGC